UACAAGGACCUCCUUGGAGUUGUACCGACAAUCUCAUCCUAAAACCUUUCUAAGGUCAGGAUUAUAAAAGUUCCUACAUUUCUUGAAAAGUAGAAAUUUUUAUGAAAACUACGAGAUGGCGUCAAUUGUGCAGUGUGUGCUUACCCUAAGUGUCUUGGUUAGUGGAGUUUGGAGUGCUCAGUGGUUCAGAAAUGAACAAGAAAAGUGUGGUGUAGAAGCGAGUACGAACCUCGUCCACCACAACCCCUGGCUGGUCUACAUUGAGUACUGGCGUGGUGACACUGACACGGAGAUCCGAUGUGCUGGUACCCUUAUUGAUAAUCGCCAUGUUGUCACCGCCGCUCAUUGCGUUAGGACUCUUAAGUUCAGUCGUUUAGUCGCCCGUCUUGGCGAAUACGACUUAUAUUCUAAGGAGGACUGCGUGCGAGGAGUGUGCGCUGACCCCAUCGUCAGGAUCGAUGUGGCUGACAUCAUCGUACACCCAGGUUACAGCAAUAAGGAACAUGAUAUUGCUAUUCUUAGGCUGGCUGAAGACGCUCCUUAUACCGAUUUCAUCCGACCCAUCUGCCUACCAUCCGGAGACCUAGAACAAGACACGCAAUUCUUUGCAGCUGGUUGGGGAGAGAUCCCCCGAAAGGGCUACUAUAGCCACGUAAAGAAGAUUAUUCCUCUGCCCCUUUGGACCAAGGCUGAAUGCAAGGCUGCUUACAAGUACAACCAUAUUCCUGAUCACGUGAUCUGCGCUGGUGGUGAAGAUGGUAUCGAUACUUGCAGGGGAGACUCCGGUGGUCCCCUCACCCGGGUAAGAGACACCAUCGAGCUAUGGGGAGUCACCAGCCACGGAAACGUCCAGUGCGGAACCAAGGAUUCACCAGGCAUCUAUACAAACGUAGCUGAUCACAUGGAUUGGAUCCUUACGGUCUUGGAUCCACAAUAGAAUUCGACAACGGCUAUGUUAAAUGUAAACGAUUUUUUUGUAAAUAAAACUUCUAUGACAGCAAUGUGAUAUGAUUAUGAUAAAGAUAAAAUGUAAAAAAAAUAAGAUUUAAUUUUUAAUAAAAACUGAUUAUGUGAUCUCUUAAUUUUAAA